AGAUCCAGGUGAGAUCCAGAGGAGGAUCCAGAGGAGGGGCUCCCCCGGCGAUGCGAGGGCCCGGUGCGGCCGUGCUGCGCUGCCUCGGCUCCCUGCUGUGCCUCUGGGCGCUGCGGCUCCCGGCGGGCCCCGGCGCGGCCGCCCGCGGGCUGGACGUCGCUUCGUACCGGGAGAGGGUGCGGGCCAUGUUCUACCACGCCUACGAGCACUACCUGGAGAGCGCCUUCCCCUACGACGAGCUGCGGCCGCUGACUUGCGACGGGCAGGACACCUGGGGCAGCUUCUCCCUCACGCUCAUCGACGCCCUGGACACGCUGCUAAUCUUGGGGAACGUUUCUGAGUUCCAGAGAGUUGUCAAUGUGCUGCAGGAAGGGCUGGACUUCGACAUUGAUGUCAAUGCAUCUGUCUUUGAAACCAACAUUCGAGUGGUGGGGGGGCUCCUCUCUGCCCACCUGCUCUCCAGGAAGGCUGGUGUGGAGGUCGAGGCGGGCUGGCCAUGCUCGGGGCCUCUCCUGAGGAUGGCAGAGGAAGCAGCUCGUAAACUGCUGCCAGCUUUCCAGACCCCAACUGGGAUGCCCUAUGGCACAGUGAACCUCCUGCAUGGAGUCAACCCUGGGGAGACCCCAGUUACCUGUACUGCUGGAAUUGGUACAUUUAUAGUGGAAUUUGCCACUUUAAGCCACCUCACUGGUGACCCAGUGUUCGAGGAUGUGGCCAGGAAGGCUUUGAAGGCCUUGUGGAAAAAUCGCUCAGAUAUUGGGCUGGUGAGUGAGGAAUGGACUUGGACUGUGCUGCUUUCUAUCAAAGACUUGAGGGAUCACAGGCUGGAUAAUCGCAUGGAAUCCUUCUUUUUGGCUGAAACAAUCAAAUACUUGUACCUGCUGUUUGACCCGGACAACUUCAUCCACAACGAUGGCUCAGACUUCGACGUGGUGGUUACACCAUAUGGGGAGUGUGUCUUGAAUGCUGGAGGCUACAUCUUCAACACAGAGGCUCAUCCCAUCGAUCCUGCUGCCCUGCACUGCUGCAGGAAGCGCAAGGAAGAGCAGUGGGAGGUAGAAGACUUGAUGCGGGAAUUCUACUCACUGAAGAAAACCAAGAAAUUCACUUUAAAAAGACCCUCUGACCCCGGUGAAGGGGAGAGUGCAAAAGACCCUGAAGAUGCAGAGAAAACUGGAGAGAAGAGAAGAUCUAAGAAGAGCUCACACUCCCUCCUGAGUUGCCCCAGUCAAUCUUUUAACUCCAAGCUUGCAGUACUGGGACAGGUCUUCCUAGAUAACACCUGAUCCCUUUUGCAUCUUCAGUGUAAAUUAUUGAACUUGUUUCAGACUCUGGGAAUAUAUUUUUAUAGUUUCAUAAUGGAAAGUGUUGUACCUCACAAUGUGAAUUGUAUUAUGAAGUGAAACAGCUUCCCAUUAAAUUCUGCUACUGCUCCUUCGUAAACCAGGGCUCAGAUACCACCUGUUAAUGCUGUCCAGGGGCUGAUCUCAGAGCAGUUCGUUGCCUGAAUAGCAAAGAGGUUUUCAGAAAGAGAAAGAAAGGUCUGCAGGUUAAAGGUGCCUUGUUCAGUGCAUUUUGGGAAAUUAGUUUGAAGUUUUACAGGCUUACACAGAGUCCCCAGCUUACUUUGGUCUCUAAAAAUGAGCCCGAGUGGCUCCCUGUCAUGAGGGGAAAGCAGGGAGCUUCCCCUGUAGCUUCCCUUCUGAGCCUGAAACUCCCUGUGUGCUCCAUCUUAUCUUCAGUCUCUUUGUAAACGUGUGAUUCACCUGAAAGAGCACUGGCCAGUCUAGAAAACCUGUUGAUUUUGAGGUGAAGGCUCAGAUUUGAAGCUCUGACAGGUCUGUCGAGCCUGAAGGGUGGCAUGGGGGAAGCAGAGCACUUGGAACUGGGAAAAGUGCUCUUUUUAGAAUCAAUUUGGUCAGUACCACCUGCCUAAAAAAAAAGCUGAGUGAGUGUCCAGGUAAUGUCUGGACAGGAAACUGAGGUGGAGGAUGGACUAUCAAAGGUUUGAUUGACACUGCAGUGGAGCUUGCUUUCUUUUUACAGAACCUGACAUGCUUUUCUGAUGAAGUUUCCUCAUUUCCUUCCUCUUUUCAACUUCCCUUUGGGCUUCACCUCACUGCACGUCAGCCCCUCAGUCAGUGGGGCCCAGCUGAGCUGUACAUGAGGCUGUUCUUGGUGUUCAGCUGACUUGGCAAAUCCAAACCUUUCAAUGUGCUAUUAGUGUCUUUGCAGCAGGUGUAUGCAACAGUCAGAAAGGGAGAAAUCAGGAGUCUUACCAAAAGAUUUUCUUUCUGAAGGAAAAACAAAAAGAGGGGGGCAGAAAAGCGAUAGACUUUCUUUAAACCUGCUGGAGUGUGAAGAGUCUGGAGGAAGCACACAGUGUAGGGUCACUGGAGUGGGUUAGAGAUACAGGAUAAAUAAAUCCCUAUGGCCAGCAAGAUACUUAAAUACAACUGGGCCAAUGCCCAGUCUGUGCCCAUGUUGGGUUGCUUUGAGAAACCAUCUUUUGUUUUGAUCAGUACUAGUACUGUAAAAUUACAUAAAAUCUGUGUUUUACCUUCAGGGUGGAAAUCCUGUUGCAGUUGUGAGUAAACUCAUUGUAAGAGACACUUAAAAUAUUUGGACAGGCAUUUUGGUAGGAUUGUUAACCUGUAAAGGUUCUGCUUCUGUCCUUCUUUCCCACGGCAGGUGGGACAGCUGCUGUUCAGGAAUUCUGCCUGGAUACAGCGAUUGCAGGGGAGAUACUGAGAGAGGAGCACCCUGAAACUGAGGCAUUGUUGGGCAAAGAUGGAGCUCUUGUUAGUGGCUCUGUGUUGUAACCCUGGGUUAUCUUUUUCUUUUCCAGCUGUUCACGUCUCACACACUAUUCAUUGUCUAAUCUGUUGAAAACAAAACACAGGCCUUCUCCUAUGGCUUUGCUAAGUGCUGGGUCCUCAUUUUCUCUCGGGGUUGCCCCAUCCAUGAAGCAGAGGAAAAGGAAGGACUUAAGAGGCCAGGCUGCAGAUCUCCAGCUCAGUAAAUCUCUGCUAACCA